AUCCCCCUCCCCCUAUAAAAAAGUCGUCGUCUUCCUCGCCGCGAUCCACAUAGACCUCUGAACCAAACCGAGGUCAAGAGCAUCCGAUUCCCGCCGCCGCCGUCUUCUUCUUCGCUGCAGAGAUGGCGGACGUGGAGGAGUACCGUUGUUUCAUUGGGAAUCUGUCCUGGUCCACAACUGAUGAAAGCCUUAAGGAUGCCUUUGGCAAAUUUGGCAACCUCACUGAAGCAAAGGUGGUUUUUGACAAGUAUUCUGGUCGUUCUCGCGGUUUUGGUUUUGUGACCUUUGAUGAGAAGAAAGCCAUGGAAGAUGCUAUUGAAGGAAUGAAUGGAUUGGACUUGGAUGGGCGGCCCAUCACUGUCGAUAAAGCUCAGCCACAAGGACCUGGUAGAGACCGUAAUGGUGAUCGUGAUUACGAUCGUGAACGUGGAUCACGUUAUGACCGUGGUGACCGUGGCCGUGACUUUGGUGGUGGUGGGCGUGCACCGCGUGGCUCAGGUGGCGGCGGGGAUUGCUACAAGUGUGGAAAACCUGGCCACUUUGCUAGAGAGUGCCCAUCUGGGGAUGGUGGUGGUAGAGGUGACAGAUAUGGUGGCCGAGAUGAUAGGUAUGGUGGUGGUGGUGGUGGCCGUUACGGAUCUGACCGUGACCGUGGUGGUGGUGACCGAUAUUCUGGCCGUAGUCGAGAUGGUGGUGGCUAUGGUGGAGGUGGGGGCGACCGUUACAGUCGUGACAGGUCUGGUCCCUAUUGAUGGCCUAGCAGAUAUCUGAGAGUAUGUUCCAUCCAGGUAUGGAAGUCUUAUCUACUAUUGUGAGCUGUGUUUGCUUGUGUCUGGAACUUUGUGUUCAUGCUGUUUGAGAACUAUUAUGUAUCAUGAGAAAGCAUCUACUUUAUUAUCGACUGUAUUACUGACCUGCUUAUUAUUGUUUCCUGCUUGUUGCCAGGCAUAUGACUUGUUCAUAGUGCUUGGCGCUUGGUCCUA